GUUCAUGGUGGUAACACAGUGACAUACCGCCUGAGAUCUGGACUUGAGAGCCAAGGUCGUGACCCUGGCGGCGGGGUGUACAUCAAAACUUGCGCACUGAAAGCAGCAAACUCCAAUUGAUGCACACACUCAUGCUACUGGCACCAAAUCGCAUUCCGCUCUUAUGUAUUGCUCGCAUCGCAAUUGUCUCAGUGACCAUGACUAAUGUACUGAUUAAUGUGCUGUGCCGUGCUGACCCGUGCGCCAAAGGAUUGUGGCCAUGCACUGAUCAGAUCGUCGCCAGGCUCAGCACCCUUGGCCCCAACAUCGUGGCAUAUUCGCGCUUGAGGGUGCCUGCCAGCCUGCCCUGGACCUGGCGAAAAUGGUGCCAUGGCCCGCCCGCAGAUAUCUUAUGAUUCUUGUCAUAUCAUCAGUGCUGAAAUUUCUGGCACUUUUGCCAUAUGAUAACUUCCUGCCUGGUAAUAUGAACGCUGAUCAUUCGUCAUAGCGACCUUGCACAUUUCUCCAGCCUCAGCCUGAAAAUCAAUGCCGGGUGCCGCCAAAGCCACUUU